AUGAAGGCUAGAAAAUAUUUUGUAUUAGUGUAAGAAAACCUGUAGACUUCAUUCUACAAAACAGAAAAGUAUACUUAGAUUAAUCUGGAUAAAAAUCCCAAUCAGAAGAAAUUCUUUUUUUAUGAUGAGAAUUAAGCCAAAAGAUUUGCAUCGAAUGUGCAAUCUUGUUAGAAUAAGGAGGCUUUUGAAAAAUUGGAGAUGGAUUAUGAAAUUUCCAAAUAACUAAGCAAAUACGAAGAAAAAAUCAAAUCUUGCAAGACAUUUUCUGAUAAUGAAAGUCAAGAUGGAGUUUCUAUUAACCUAAGGAGACCCACCUAUAUUUAUGUUUUAUGGAACAAAAACUCUUAUGAAAUGCCAAGAAUGUAUUUUACAUAGAUCACAGCUCAAAAGAAUUCAACAUCAGAAGAUCAAUUAGGGAAAUUUUAAGACCCUAACUCAGCACUUAGUUAUAUAAGGGAGAUACUUGAGACUAUAGAGAUAAAAAGGAAAUUGAUCGCUAAUACUGACACACCCGUUUCUUAAGAUAAUAAUACUACUGAAACUGAAUUGGAGAAAGAUGAAAAUCAACUUAAUUUUUCUAGCCUUGGAAAACUAUUGUAAUUGGAUAAGUAAUAUUCUUAUUUUUUCCCCAAAUUUUACAUAGAGAAAUACCCAACCAUCAAUAUUAACCCAGAAGAAAAAUAUGCGAUUCAAUGCUCUUCCUUUUGCACAUUACAUUUUCAUUCAUCAAUCGGAAUUAAUUUAAUAAAUUAUGUUUCUGGUUAAAACUUGAAGAGUUAAGGUUUAUAUGUGGGACAUUAAAAACCCUACAUUCUUGGGUUAUUGUCAGUCCUUUAUGGAUUGAGAUACAGUUUAUUUUUGAAUUUACCUUCUAUUACAUUGUAGGUAUGGAAACAAUAAGAUUUUGAAUUUUUGAAUAAAAUGGUUUAACCUCCGUACCCUCAGUAAUAAUAAGCUAUGGCAGCUAUUGAUGGUUACUCUACACUUCUUAAAUAGGUCAAAUUUGAAUUGGUUGAUUAGGAUUAAUGCAAAUCAUCGUAUGUUCAAGCAGUGAAAGAGUUUGAAAGGUAUGCAAAUGUAAAACAAAGGAGUAAGAAAUUUCGUAAAAAUGAUAAAGAUGAUUGA